AGCUCUUAUUCUUCUUCUGUGUCAAACCGUAGAAGUUAUACAACUUGUUGUUGCACAUCGCCGUAGUGAAGUGUUUCUCAACGAACUUAAUUGCAUUUGUCAUGCGUUCCGACAGCGAGUAUGCUGGGGGUAUUCCAGUGGUUGUCAGCCUCGCCGAGGAGGACGUGCUGCACCCCACGGAGCGGCCCGCGCCUGCCGCGUUUGUGCUGCCGCGCACGACGAUGUUGAUCGCCGUGGUGCGUGACCUACUGCAGCUCUUCCGCCCCUACGCGGCAGCCCUGCACCCCGAGAACACACAGGUGUGGUUUAGCGUGGGCAACUCCCCCAUCUCUUGGCUCUAUCCAGCCGGCGUCAUCAAGGACUACGUGAACGAGUGUACGCGUGAGGUGCGACUGGAGCAGUACGCAGCCACGAUGACAUCGCCCACUUCCGACCACGCAGCAGCAGCAGCAGUGCCGCCGACCGCGUCACCUCCAACGUCGUCCUCUACGCUGGUGCAGUCGCUGCCCCUCUCCGUGCCCAGCGAGCCGCUCGACCUGACCUUCCACAUCCACUCCAUCACAAAAGGCAGCGUGCGAGCAGGCACGGUGCCGCUCUACGUGAACUACGACCGGCUAGACGAGCACAUCCGCAUGGAGAUCAAGCAGAGCCACAAGGCCGCCUACACGUGUCUCUACGGCAACUACACCCACUAUCAGCGCGAGGCCGAGUCCACACUGCUUCCCGCCAUUGGGCUGGCGCUCUAUCGUCCUUUUGAUGAAGUCGCCCAGCAACAGCUGCAGGCACAGCGACUGCAGGGGCAAGCGGCCAGCAGGGGCGGUGGGGCUGAUGGUCGCGGUGUGGCGUCACGCGGACGCUACGCCGGCGCCGCCACCGACUUCUCCUCCCCCUUUCUUCUGCUGCAGUAUCAGCAGCUUCUCCAAGGCGUGCUCGCCCCCCGACCACACGUCGCGUUCCUUUUCCGGGUAGGCGUUCCUCACGCCUACCGUGGUGCGACGAGCCAGUUUGAGCGGGGACACCUUCAGUACGACGGCUACCGUGUGUCCGCUGCGCCGGCGCUGGCGUGGCCCUCCUCCCCGACCUCACCGCGCACAUCUCUGCCAGAGGGUGCAUUGCCGGCCGCCGACACGACCGUGCAGACGCCGAACGACCAGCCGCAAGCGGACUUCUCUGCUCCUCUGGUGGAGGCGGAGCAGCUUCCCUUUGGUCUUCUUCUCUGGCGUCUCUUCCGCAUCCCCGUGCUGCGCUGGAAGGCCCAGCAGACGCACCUCUCAGGCAGCAGCGCCGAUGCGGUGGCGCAGACGGAGACGCAGCGCACCUACCAGCAGCUGCUGCGUUCCCUGACGGCGUACUACGCCGACCCACCGGCGUGCGCGACGGAGCGGCUGGAAGAGCAGGAGCCGCUGCUGACGGGCACCCCUGCGGAGCCCCUCGCCUGGGCCGCGUGGGAGAGCGCGAGGUCGCGGGCACUGGUGCGAGAUUACGAGCGAGGCAACACCAGUGAGAAGCUCGGUCUGCCUUUCUUAGAGAGCACCGGCAACGUUCGUGCGCCGGCUGCACCGCAGCGGCGUAUCCGCUUUCUGGUGCAAGGGAUUCAGCCGUCUCUCGCGACACCGGGCAGUUUUCUCGAGGCGCACCUGUCGUCAAGCGAUCGCGCUAUUUUUGUGACAGUGCAGGUGCAGUAG